AUGGGCCCCAAGAUUAUACAGCUCCCGACAGGGCCUAUCAAAGUAUUACGCCUUGAGAAUACUCUUAUCCACGCGCGGGGUAUUCCCUACGCCAAAGCCUCGCGAUUUCAAGUCCCGCAACCCACCGGCACCUGGUCCGAUGUCCUUGAUUGUACAACCCGUGCGCCAAUAUGCCCUCAAUUACCAUCCCGAUUGGAAGCCGUGAUGGGCCCACUUACGGAAGGCCAUGGCAUGGAUGAAGACUGCCUGCACUUAUCUAUAACUGCACCGCAAGAUGCGACCCAGGCUCCAGUCAUGGUCUGGCUACAUGGUGGCGCAUAUAUUUCUGGGUCUGGGGACCUAGACUGCUACCAGGGAAUUGAUCUUGCACAACGCGGAAUUGUUUGCGUGAAUAUCACAUAUCGUCUAGGUGUUUUCGGGUAUCUUCAUUUGGAUGGCAUUGCACCCGCCAACCUGGGGUUAUUGGAUCAAAGCGCAGCGUUGCAGUGGAUCCAAGGGAAUAUUGCGACAUUUGGCGGAGAUUCGCAGAACGUCACUCUUGUUGGGCAAUCUGCCGGUGCAGAUUCAAUUAUUUGUUUGAUGGCUGCAAAGAAUACAGCUGGCCUGUUCCAUCGUGCUAUACUACUCAGUCCGCCACUGCGAGAAUUGAAGGAACGGACAGCUACCGGACCACUGGUUACAACAAUGGCAGAAAAGCUAUUUACAAAAGACCCCAGAGCAAUGUCAGUGGACGAGUUACUUGUAGUUCAAAAGAAAUUGUUGAUGGAUCCUGUGCAAAAGCAGGUCAUGCUGUUUGCACCAAUGCUUGGAUUUGAUCCUUUACCAAAGGAACAGGGCUUUGACCAGAGAAUCAACGAAGUGGCCCGAAACAUUCCAAUUCUUAUUGGAUGGACCGCUCAUGACGGUCGCCCAUUUUCUAGUAUGGUGGGCCCACAGAGUCUACUUCAACUCCCCCUGGUUGGACCGUAUGUGGAGGCCCUGAUGACUUGGUAUAUCACUCAAAGCUACUUCAAGUGGCCAUCACUCCGUUUUCAUGAACAGACAUUACGCGCAGGCGGCAUAUCAACAAGUUACUCAUUUGAAUGGGCUGCUGAUGACAACGCCUUGGGCGCGUGUCAUUGCAUCGAUAUCCCUUUUGUGCUCGGGGCAUGGGAUGCCUGGAAGACUGCCCCGAUGCUGAUUGGAAAAAGUACCCAAGAGGAUGUAGCUCGCUUGGGAUCAGAUCUCAAAGACCUGUGGGUGAGCUUUAUGAAUGGCAACCGACUGAAAAACGGCCAUAUUGCAAUCUCUAAGACAAUCAGAUAG